GCGGCCGCCUCGCGCUCAGGCAGCGCCUGCCGGCCGCUGGGACCUCGGGCCCGGGGAUUCGCGCCGCAGGCCGCCCGCCAUGCGCUUCCGCUUCGGGGUGGUGGUGCCGCCCGCCGUGGCUGGCGCCCGGCCAGAGCUGCUGGUGGUGGGGUCGCGGCCCGAGCUGGGGCGCUGGGAGCCGGGAGGAGCCGUGCUCAUGAGGCCCGCGGGCACCGCGGCGGGCGCCGGGUCGCUGGCGCUGCAGGAGCCGGGCCUUUGGCUCGGGGAGGUGGAGCUGGCGGCCGAGGAGGCGGCGCAGGACGGGGCGGAGCCGGGCCGCGUGGACACGUUCUGGUACAAGUUCCUGAAGCGGGAACCAGGAGGAGAGCUCUCCUGGGAAGGCAAUGGACCUCAUCAUGACCGUUGCUGUACUUACAAUGAAAGCAACUUGGUGGAUGGUGUUUAUUGUCUUCCAAUAGGACACUGGAUUGAGGCCACUGGGCACACCAAUGAAAUGAAGCACACAACAGACUUCUAUUUUAAUAUUUCAGGCCAUCAAGCCAUGCAUUAUUCAAGAAUUCUACCGAAUAUCUGGCUGGGUAGCUGCCCUCGUCAAGUGGAACAUGUAACCAUCAAACUGAAGCAUGAAUUGGGGAUUACAGCUGUAAUGAAUUUCCAGACUGAAUGGGAUAUUGUACAGAAUUCCUCAGGCUGUAACCGCUACCCAGAGCCCAUGACUGCAGACACUAUGAUUAAACUAUAUAAGGAAGAAGGCUUGGCCUACAUCUGGUUGCCAACCCCAGAUAUGAGCACCGAAGAGGCAGGAUUCUAUGAAGCUACUGAGGCUUAUGCUGACUUGUAUGGGUUCCUUCCAAAACCUCAGGUAUGGUUCAAGCAAUGUAUUCCUUUGAGUCACAUAUUUUUGUAAAAUUUGGAAAAGUAAGGUAUUCCAAUCUCAAUAAGUUAAGAUGGCUGUUUUCUUCUACUUCAAUUUCCCCUCCGUAACACUUUUUCUUGUGUCAGAUGGUUUUGAAGUGGCCCCAAGAAUUUUUGGAAUCUAUCUAACAGCAAAUGAAAUUGGGUUAUUUACUUUGCAUUUAAUGGAAUAUGUUUAUGUAGUUUUGAGACUCUGGGAAAAAUUAAACUAAACUAUUGACAACUGUCCUAGUAUAGGAAUGGCUUCCGGAAAAAUUCCUGUUGCCUACGGUACUGAGUGCUGACUCAUCUGACAUUACGACACAAAGCUGCAGGGCCAGAGGUCAUACAAUGUGAAUGUGUCUUGCAGGGGCAGCACCAUAGUUGUGUGGGUCAUGGAGGGGACCAAGGUUUGAAAGGUAUAGAGUAAGAAGCUAGUCUGGGGAAAAUUCUUCCAAUCAUCAGAUCUGUAAUAUUGUAAGCAGUUGAGCUGGUUAUCAUCAGUGUCAAGUCAAAAGGAAAGUCUUCCCUUAUUAGAUAUGUACUUGAUCAUGCAGCAUGUGUAAUUGUCAAUGCACCAAAUAUAUUUUUCUUGUAUUGAUGGGAAUCCAUGAACUAGAAUGUAUUAAAACUAAUAAAUCUUAAUAAAGAUGACCUAUAGCAGUACUACAAACAGCAAGCACAUUCAUUUGUGAAUGUUGUCAUAUACAUCCAAAAUAAAUUAAAAAACAAAUAUUGAUCAAACUUAUCAAUGGGAAAACUAAAAUAAAUUUUAAUUUUUAAAUAGAAAAUAAGAAAAUAAUUAGUUUCUAUGAAGAAGCACAGAGAAUUCAUCUAAUAUGGGAAAGAGUGCAUUUAUACAGGUAUGACAAGAAGUCAUUUAAUUAAAAAUGUAUGUUAGUAAUUCGUGCCAUAUCUGAGCCUGGCUUUGAUGCUAGGUUGAACUUUUUAUACUGCGUUUUCUUUUUUGUCUUUUAGUAUGCCUGUUAUUAUUAUGAUUUUUUGAAGCUGAGCAUGAUGUAUUGGUCAAAAUGAACUGUGGUAAAUGGGACUUUAGUGUGAGGCUUUAUAUUAAUCUGACCAGGAGGUAGGAUGUGUUUCAUGUUUUGUGUUUGUUGUAGGUGCCAGAGACUUCAAAUUCCUCUAACAUCCCUGUUCUGGUCUCUCCUGUUAUCUUCAGAAUUCCCUAAGAAGUUCUCAUUAAGUCAGUGCCUUGCAGCUCUUUAAUGUGUAAUCUGUUAUUAUUAUAUAGGGACCCCAUAGAUGUGGUGCUUAGUUAUGGGGAAGGGGAUGCCAUCUAUAAUCUUGUGGUUAAAUUUCAAUCUUUUAGUGGGCCUGUGGGCCUUUAUUCUUGGCUUGUGAAUGCUACAAUUUUUUUUUUUUCAGUUUUUGUCCUCCACUUAAGUGAGAUAGGAAGGCUAGAGGGUGCUGGAGGAGAAUAAAUUCCUUUUCCCCAGAUGUAUUAGGUUCUGGUAAAAUAUUUUUCUUGUUAUAUAGAACAGUUAGUAUAUUUAAAAGUGGCUACUCUCCUUUUCCUCUGAUAGAACUGUGAGGGGGGUUUCUCUUGGCUCCUGACCAUGAGAACCUGUUGAGAUUCCUAGGGGUAAAGCCCACAAAAGCCUGAAGAUUUUCCUAAGACUGUGGCUUGUAGGAGUUUCUCAUUCUCAAGUUAAUCUAUAAUUAGCCUACAGCAAGUUGUCAAUAUUACCAUUUAAGUAUUUCUAUAAUUUAUAGCUCCAGAAACCUGUGCUCUGGGUAAAUAGAGCUUGGCAAUGUUUCUCUGUAUUCUGCUGUCUUUCUAGACUUUGUGUGGUGGUUCACCAUAUAACCUUGAUUCUCUGAUGAGAUUGUUGAUUUUCAGAUUGUUUAGGUUUUUAAAAUUCUUAUCUUAAGGAUGGGAGUGUUCUUCUAUAUGUCAGAACUGAAACUAGAUGUUGAGGAUGCUUUUUAAAAGUUUUAUUUUGCUUUUGUCAUUGUAAAAAAAUAAUUGAAUUGUACAGCGACCAUGCAUUGGUUAAAAAGCCCGGAUAUUAUUGAUCUUUUCAUUCAUACACUUGAUCCUCUUUUGGCCUAACAUUAGACAUUUGGUAAAACUCAGACCCUUCACUAGUUUUAAAAUGAAAUCUAAUUUAACUGAUUAUUUUAUUAUUCUUUUCCUUUUAUUAGUUUUGUAGUCUCUACUUAAGAUUUAUAGAGGCAUCGGAAAGACCACAGUGACACACUACACACCAUGUCUUCAGACAAAUUCUCAUUAAACAUGUCUUUCACAAAGUCCCUCUGCCUGAUUCCUACUUCAGAUAAUCUACUUCUUUACCAUCCCCAAUAUAUCCUGUGCGCAUUCCCCAGGAUUGAUACUCAGUCCUCUUUUAAUAAAAAUGGAAUUUUAUAAAUAAACCGGCCAUACUUUCCUCAUGAACAGCCUCUUCCAAGUAUCUCUAAUCCAUUCACACUCUUUGGCAAUGGUGAACCGCUUUAUAAAUCAGCUCCAGAUGGUUCACACACUCCAGCAACUUGGGCUGUUUCUAGAGAACAGCACUGUCCCUUUCUCUCUGGCAAGAUGAUUUGUCACCAGUAAGCUUUGUGUUCCUGUCAUAGACAAUUAUUUUGGAAGAGAUCUAGAUUGUAGCCAGGGUUGCGGAAGUGUCUUCUCCUAGUUAUUAGUUCCGUUAUUUUCCACUUUUCCUCAGCCUAGGGUUAAUAGCUCCUCUGUUGCCUGUGCGAUGCCUGGACUUCUUAGAAUCCUCUUCCAUACCUUAUAGUAGUUCAUUACCUUCUACUAGUUAAAAACUCCUUAUAAAGUUCCCCUGCUCAAAUAACCAUGUGUUUUUCUGCAUUCCGGUAGGCUUGAUUUAUUUGGCACAAUAUAUUUUUCCUGACUCCUCACCUGUUUCCCUUUUAUAGUGAAAUUUUAAGUUUAUAGGCUGUAAAGCAUAAGUCACAAACUAUACUUUAAUCAUUUCAAACUUUUCAAUAUCUUGCACUGUUCUUGGGAUGUAAUAAGUGAUCAAACAUAGUUUGAAUGAAUGAAUAAUGGUGAUGAUUUUUAUAUUGAUAAAAUGAGAGUGUUUAUAUACAAUACAUUUAUGGUCCAAAGGAAAAAAUAACAUAGAACAAUGAGUGCUAAUUAAUGUCAUUUUCCCUAAACUUUCAUACUUUAACAUUUUUCUUCACUUUUUUCCCAAAUUUCAAUUACUUUUGAAUUACUUUUUGGAUUAGUAAUGAAAAUUGGAGUAAAGUUUUCUGAAGGACAUUUCUCAAAAAUGACUUAAUUCUCCCAAAUUAAACAUGUUCCAAAUGAAGAAUUUCAAUUUUCUUCUCUAAUGAAUUAAUCCAUGAAUUGCAUGAUUUGCUCAUUCUUGUUAAAUGAAGAAUAAAUAGGCCUCUAAAGUAAAACUAAUUCAUUUCCCUACAGUACUCAUGGUUUUCAUUAGGUUCUUUCUAAUAUUAAGGAAUGUUAAACCACAAGAUUAUAUUUUUUUCCCAGAAGAUAAACAUAUCAAUACCAUAUUCAAUGAGUUUUACAAAAUCCUGUAUUUGGCAAUGAAGGCACAUCAUUAGGAUAUUCCAGACAUCUCUUUAAUUCAUUCUAGUUCAUCAGAGACAGUUACUCUGAGGUUUCUUGUAUUCAUUGUCCACAAUUAAUAAGUGUGUCCUUUAUAAAUUUUGCAAAAUAAUGAAAGACAAUUGAAUCUGUAAGUGCUUUUCCAAACACACUACUCUCUGAUUUGUACAUGCAUAAUAUUAAUUCAGGCAUUUUGUUUAUAAGGUUUCACCAACAUAAAAAUCUUCAUUUCCAAAUUUCAUCAGUUGAGUUAUUGAGAAUAGGAUACAUUUAUUAAAGAAAAAUUGCUUGCCCUUCAAGGUUUUAGAUAUUUUGUCAUGUUUCAUACAUCACUAAAGGUUUCUUUAACCCAAAUUCUUGUUUUUCCCUUUUUGGAAAAGAUAGGCAAGUUAGAUUAAGUGAAAAUUUUGCUCAGUAAUGAAAAUUGGAAUAUAUGAAUUGGUUAUGUAAAUUGUGUGAUAUAUUGCAAGGAAUUAUAAAUCAAGUUCUGGCCCUACUUUCACCUGCUCAAAAAAAUGGGUCCCUUCUCUCUGCUGUACUGAGUGAAAUCUUAUCUCCAGAAGUCAAGGAACAGCUGUUUACUAAUAGAUCACAGCAGGAGAAUAAACACAGCAGUCUGGGCAGAGAAUAUUUUUCACUCUUGUGCAACUUGUUUCUCAAUAUUUUGUCCUCUGUUGUGGAUUAUAAAGUGUGUGAGAGUAAACAUCAGCCAUCACUCUUCCUCUCCUUGAAUGAGGAAUAAUACUUAAAACCAUAUUAAUAAUUCAUGUAUUCUGAACCAUUUGCAACAGGGUUCCUUAUUGAAUAAAAUGAGUGCCAAAUAGGAACAGGUUUGGAUUUACUUUUCUAAUUAAUCAAAAAAAUUCCCAACGUGUUACGAUGACAGUACUUCUUUCAAAUGAGGCAUCUCCAAUUUGCCUGUUUUUAAUGUUCUGUUAUAUUACGUUAUUACCAAUUACUGAAUGCCUUCUAUAAUUACAUGGCUAUUGUAACAGUCUAGGUGAGAUAUGAUGAGUGAACCCAAGGAGCAGUGAAUGAAAUAAAAAUAUUUCAAGAGCGUAAGAAUUUUCAAGGGUUUCAAAUAUUUCAGUGAGGUCAUAUAUAAAAGGAAAUGAAAAAAAAAUCUAACAACAGUCAUUGGAUUUGGCAAUAAGGAGAUUUGGGUGACAUUGCCAUCAGGUUGGGAGCUAUACUAUGAGGAAUAAGAAUUGAUUAUCAAUUACUUUUUUAAGAAGAUUGGCAGUAAGGACCACAGAACUCAUGUGAGGUUUUGUUUUAGGUAGGGUAAGCAAAAUGCAUUUUUCGGGGUGGUUGAAGAUAUAUCUAGAAUGAUCCCUUUUUUAAUUUCUAAAAGUAUCUGCUUGCAAGUUAGGCUAGGGUUGUGGAAGAUACUCGGAAACUACUAUUAACUAAAUAGGAAGGAUCAUUUUGGGGAACACAAUAAAGAUCUAAAUAAAAGCAUUGAUCUUUGAAUUUGUGCAUAACUUAACGAUAUCACUUUACCUUCAAAUAUAGUGGCAUUCACUGCUUUCUUCUUUCAUUUUAAUGAUGCUCAAAAAAAUAGAUACCUGAACUAUAGACACAAUGACACAGAAAAUUAAUAUAACUUAAAAGGAUAAACAAUUCUAAAAAGAUACUUAGAUAUUGACAUUACCCUGCCAUUAAACCCGUGUGCUGCUUACUUUAUUGCCUGAGAGCAAGCCCCCUAUUCUAAGCACCAAAGCUUAUCUAAGGUAGUUGAAAGAAUACAAUCUCUGAAGUCUUAAUAAUAAAAAAAGACUUUAAAUUUUUUUUUAUAAAAGAGCUGUUAAUAUAGUAUAACAGGAAAAAUACCAUCUCAAAUUAAACAAGCAAAACACUAGACAAAAUAUAUGGAAAAAUGAUUUUCAAGAUAUUACAUCAACCAAUAACCCCCUAAGUGAUGAGAAACAAGUGACUUGAGCCCAAUGACUACUGCAGUUUACCGCUUUAUGGGAGUAUCUAGGCUGUAACCCAAGAAAGUAGAACCCAGGUGAAGCCUAGAAGACUCCUUCUUGAGUUGAGGAGAUGAAGCUGAGGGUCCAGGUUGACCAAAACAGCUAGUUUGUGGGACAGUGGACUAGAAAGGUAAGACUACUGUGAGAGAUAAAAACUAGAUGUGAAAAUUUCCAGUUACAAGGCUGGGAAUAGUUCCUGUUCCCAGAAACCAGACUGGAAAAUCCAUGAAAAUUUGGAUAAAUACUUAGAAGGGUUUUGCAUCAGGAAUAAGGCAAUAUUAGCCAUAAACUAAAGACUGCUGCAAUUUUGCUUAGUAUAUUUUAAACACAGCAGCCCCAAAGAUCAAACUGUUUCCAAGCAACUUAAUUGUAUACAAACCCAAAUUCAAAAAUAUUAAUAAAUGCACAAAAAUAUCUAGCACCCAAAGAGAAAAAAUUUACAAUAGCUGAUAUAUAAUUAAAAUCUAUCAGAUAUACAAGGAAACAGAAAAAUAUAACCCAUAAAUAAGACUUCAUAAUGUUAGGUUGAGUAGACAAAGAUAUUAGAAAAGUUGAGAGAAGGAAAACAUAAGAAAAAAUCUAGAUAGACUUCUGGAAAUGAAAAUUAUAAUGUGUGAAAUGAAAAAUACAAUGAAAUGGUAUUCAACAUUGCAGAAAAAAAGACUAGUGAACUUGAUCAUACAAUAGAAAGUUUCUAAACUAAAACUCAGAUGGAAAAAAGAAACUGAAAAAAAUGAAAAAAAAAUUAUUGAGCUGUGAGAAAACUUCAGGAAGCAUAACAUGCUUGUAAUUUUUUACUCUCUUCAGAGAGUGAAAAAAUUAUUUGAGGAAAUAAUGACAAAACUUUUUCCAAAGGUGAUGAAAACAGUAAGUCUACAGAUCCAAGAAACUCCAACUCUAAACAAAAGGAACACUAACAAAACAAUACCAAGGUACAUCAUAGUCAUCUUAUGAUGAAGAGAAAGUGUUAAAGAAAUCAGUGAUAACAGGAAAUCACUGAUAAAGAAAAAAAACCUUAAAAGUACUCAGAGAAGAACACUACGUUAUAUUUAGAAAAUGAAGAGAAUGAUGAAUACUUUUCAUCAGCUAUGUAAUUAAGAAGACAGUAGAGCAAUAUAUUUAGUGUACUGAAAGAAAAUAAUCAACCAAGGAAAUAUAUAUCCUACAAAAUAUCCUUAAAAUAAGGCAAAAAUGAAGAUAUUUUUGAUAUAGAAAACCUGAAAGAGAGAGAGCCAAGAUGGCCAAUUAGAUACAACCUGGAGGAACAUCUACUGAAGGACAGGAUGCUGGGAAGACUGGCACACUCCUAGCAGAUCUUUAGAGGGAAGGCAUUGAAAAUGGAUGGAGGGAGGAUGUAGACAUUGGACUGCAGGGGGAGGGAUCUGGGAACCUUGUGUGGGGCUACUGAACAUCAGGAUCUGCUCCUGGCCCUCUGUGACUCAUGGAGGUGGAGUAAGUUAAACAGGCAAAGAGUGGUUCACUCUUGCCACAGACCUAUGGAAUCCUAGUAGCAGGAGAACCUAUGACCCUCGGGGACACUUGAGCUGGAAGAGACAAUUUCUUAGAAAGUCCAGACGUUUUUCGCAUAAGAAUGGCUACAGUAGAGCAUGGCCAGUGAUGGCCAUCCCCAAGACUGGCCAAGCUUCUCUAUGUGGCUUUAGCCUUUGGAAGACUGUACAGAGCAGGGCAAUCUUGCCUGUGGGAUGGGGCCAGUUCCAUCUGAGCUCACCUCUGUCUACCAGCCUCUUCCAGGUCCCCAGUCUGGCCACACUGGGAAACCCAGUACAUUUGCAGUACAGCCUUGGAAACCCAAUCAGGGUGCUUCCCAGGGGCCACCUUCAUCAUACCUCUUUUGAUGGCAUACCACACCUAACCAUUGGAGAGCUCCAGCAGGCUGGACCCCACUGACACAACAACCUUACCUGUAGCCUCCCCCCAUCACUUCAACCUCCCUAUGACACUUUGCUUAAUGCACUCCACCACAGCCACCCUCCAUUGCUUUGCUGAUGUAUGCACAUGAGUGGACCUCCCCACAUCUUCCUUGAUAGCACAUUUGUUCAGAUACACCAUGAUAAUACUGCCAAAAGGAACACAAGAACACUAUGCUGCCCUACGCACUCCUGCUAGCAAACCACACAGUUGCUGCCUCUGCUGGCACAAGUACAUCCACAGACACUGAACCUUGCCCCCAUCACCACCCUGCCUGCACUGCACCAACACUGCCACCACCAGGGUGAGUAUGUGCAUGGAUGCCAGUGCUCCUGCUCACGCUAAUGUCCCACCCCUUCUCUGCUGCCACUGCAAGUGUGUGCACACAUACAGGCAUCCCUGUUGCAGCCCCACUGACAUGUAGGCACCCUGCCAUUUCAUCACCACUGUGAACGAAUGCAUAAAUGCCUCUGUCCCACUCCUGCCAGUGCACUGGCCCAGCUGACUUGUAUGCACUCCACUGUGCCACCAUGGCUGCUGUCACAUGUGAGCAAGCAUGGAUUCCCUCUCACUUCUCCCACAAAGCACUUUGGCUGGUAUCCCCCCCAUUGGAAUGUUGGGGCCAGUGGACCAGGAACAACUCAGGCCCUUCAGUGCAACAGGUUUCUAACCUUGAGGGGACAGAGAACAAAGCAAGGAAUCUACUACCAGCCCUGCACAGAGUUAGAAAACACAGUGCAGGAGUGCUGAGCUGAGCCAAGAACUCCUGAAAUCUUCCAGAAUUAAAGCCAGUUGACUGAACCCACCUUAUAUCACAAUUAAAACCCCAAGGGCAUCAAAGAAAAUGAAAGAAAAAAACCCAUCGCCAAACCAUCAACUUUAAAGAUUGAAAGAACAUCAGCCCACACAAAUAAGAAAGACCUAUUGCAAGAAAUACGGCAACUCAAAAAGCCAGAGCAUCUUCUUACCUCCAAAUGCCACACUAAUUCCCCAGCAAUGGCUCUUAACCAGGCUGAAAUGGCUGAAGUGGCAGACAUAGAAUGCAGAAGAUGAAUAGGAACAAAGAUCAUCGAGAUUCAGGAGAAAGUUGAAAUCCAGUCCAAGGAUUCUAAAAAAUACAAUAAAGCAACAGGAAAUGAAAGACAGUGGCCAUUUGAAGAAACAAUCGAACUGAUCUGAUAGAGCUGGAAAACACACUAUAAGAAUUUUGUAAUACAAUUGUGAGAAUUAACAACAGAAUAGACCAAGAUGAGGAAGGAAUCUCAGAGCUCGAAUACUGGUUCUCCAAGUUAACUUAGACAAAAAUAAAAAGAAUAAGAAAGAAUUAGCAAAACCUCUGAGACAUAUGGGAUUAUGCAAGCAGAUCAAAUCUAUGAAUCACUGGUGUGCCUGAAGAAGAGAGGAAGCAAGCAAUUCGGAAAAUAUAUUAGAAGAUACCAUCCACAAAAAUGUCUGCAAUAUCACUACAGAAGCCUACAUUCAAAUUCAGGAGACCCAGAGAACCUCUGAGAGAUAAUAUACAAGACAAUCAUCCUCAAGACACACAGUAUUUAGAUUCUCUAAGGUCAACAUGAAAAAACAUUAAAGGCAGCCAGAGAGAAGGGACAGGUCACCUAGAAAGGGAACCCCAUUAGGCUAAAGUGGACCAUUUAGCAGAAAUCCUAGAAGUCAGAAGGUAUUUGGGACCUGAGCUAGACACUUGACCAAAUGGACCUAACAGACAUCUACAGAAGUUUUCAUCCCAAACAACAGAAUGUGCCUUCUUAUCCUCUGUAUAUGGCACAUACUCUAAAAUUGACUACAUAAUCAGCCAUAAGACAAUUCUUAGCAUACUUAAAAGAAAACAAAAUUAUACCAACCAUACUCUUGUACAAUGACAAAAUAUAAAUAGAAAUGAAUACUAAGAAGAUUGCUAAAAAAUUAUGCAAUCACAUGGAAAUUAAACAAAACUGUUCCUGAAUGACUGCUUGGUAAACAAUGAAAUUAAGGCAGAAAUCAAGAACUUUUUUUGAGUCUAAUGAGAACAAGGAUACAACAAACCAGAACCUCUGAGACACAGCUAAAGCAGUGUUGAGGAAAGUUUAUAGCGCCAAACACCCACAUAGAAAAGUUAGAUCUCAAAUUUACAAUCUAACAUCACACAUAGAAGAAGUUUACCACUGACCCCACAGAAAUACAAA